ACUAACAUAAUCUGUGCAACUAAUUGCUAAGAUCCAGAAGAGAAAAAUGAAGGAAGAUAUAGCCCAAGUCACUGUUUCUGUGCCGAUCAAAGACUUAUGGAAGGCAAUGGCGAGCGACAAUAGGCACGUCGUGCCCAAGGUUUUACCGGAUAUUGUAGCGGAAGUUGAGUUGCUUGAAGGAGAUGGUGGCUAUGGAAGCCUGCUGCUAUUCAAAUUCUGCCCGGGUGUACUAAAUGUGAGCCACCAAUUAGAGAAGAUUGUGGAGUAUGAUGAAUCGACGUAUCAGAUAGCUCUUGAAAUACUGGAAGGGGGGCAUCUGGACCAUGGGUUUACUGCAUACACGACUGCUUUUAAGUUAACUCAAGUAUCAGAAGCCGAGACACUGAUCGACAUCAAGGUUUUGUAUGAGACGAAACCUGAACAUAAUCAUAUUCCCGGAGAGACUAUAAAAGCAACAUUUCGUUACAUCAAUAGCCUCGAAAAACAUCUGUUGAAAAGUUUAUCAUAAUUGUAUUUUGGUUAAUUGUAAACACUUUCACUUUGUCACUGGAUCAUUUGAUAAACAAUACUUCUAUGAACGUUCUCCAGGUUAUCCCACUGAAAACAUCCCCCACUAUGUAUUUUUAAGCUA